AUGACAAACGCCGGGAAAAGCACCAAGUCCAUCUCCGCCGGAACAGGAGGAUCUGGAUACCAAUACCAAUACCAACCCGGAGCCGAGAAUCCAGCAGAGCACUACUCAUCGAUGGACCGAUGGAUUGGCGAGUCCGCGCGCGACGAGCCAUGGAGUCCCGUCCACCCGCGCGGCUACCCCUACAGUCCAGCAAGCAAGGGCGGCCAUGGGAAGAAGGGGAAGGGCGGGACCGACGCCGACAAGUCUAAGAGCAAGAGCAAGCCACCUCUUCUGUCGGUAGCUGAGCUACAACUUCGUCUCCGCGCCAACCGGAUUUCCAGAAUCACCCAAGUCGUUGUCAUCGACCCGGGCUCCAUGGGCACGCCAUCUCUUCACCAGCCAAUUAUUUCUAGUUCACGCGCGCGCUCUUAUUCGCCGCCAUCGUGCUUGCGCUCGCUGGGCCCGGUAAUAGCCCUACUCGGCGGCCCCAGCCGGCCCGUCUUCUGCACCAUCGCCAGCCUGUCGGCCGACCUCGUGGCCGCCACUUACAGAGCCUGGUCUCGCCCGAGGGACCAGUAUUGA